UUCCUUGUUGUACCUGACAGGUCAGAUAUGAUCUCACUGUGGCUUAAUUAUUAUUUUUUUGUUUGUACACAUGUAUUUCUGUUUACGUAUGCACGGAAAACCCUGACUCGGGUGUUUCCAUGUCCACCCUAUAAAAAAGGCUAGAGUCUCAUUGCACGCUCUCACAACUGGCACAUUUCGACUCUGACAAUCUCACACACACAGACACAGAGACGAUGACUCGAAUUUCAGCUACCGUGAUCGUACUUAUGGUUGCAGCUCUUAGUGUACUACAUACAGAUGCCUCUGCUUUGUCAUGUUGCAGGAAGUAUACCAAAGGAAUAAUAUCAAUGACAUUAAUUAAAGGAUAUUCCAUUCAGACCAUGACAAGAAACUGCCACAUUGAUGCUGUCAUAUUCCACACAAACAGAGGCAAGAACAUUUGCACAGACCCCUCCAAAGCCUGGGUGAUGGAAAAUAUCCGUAAGCUAAAGGAGAAAGUGCAAGUAAUCAGCAGAAAACAUUCAAGGGUCUAACUGUACAACUUACUGUGCCUAAACAGAUGUUACUACAAGAAUAAUUCUUCAUGGAGGAGGAUCUAUUUCUUUAUGAAAUUUGCAUAUUUACUCUGCAUAUUUGUAUAUGCAUAUUAUUUUAUACUGUUAUACUGUUUAUGUUUGCUUUUUUUUAUUCAAUGCAUUAAAAUGAUUUUUCUAUGUAAAGAGAAAACUUGCCUUUUGUAUUGAAAUGAUUUUCGUGUAUCUCAAACUUAAUACAAUAAAAUUUUUAAAAAUGAAUAAUAA